GGGGAGUGAAGGGGUGGAUUACUGGAACUAGCUGUAACGCAAUCACUGUGGCUCUACUGAGUUCGUGAGACGUGAAGGAAUCCUGCUUAAAACAGACGUUUACAUUACGACUCAAGACAGUUCUGGAGGGUAAAAGUGAAAAGAAAAAGAGGAGGAGCAGUGGAGGAAGAUAAGUGUCAAUCUGUUCAGACUUGUUUGGGAAUUUGAAAAGGGAGGGAGGAGGGGAAGGGAGAGAGAGAGAGAGAGAGAUAGAGAUAGAGAGAGAGGGGAAGGCUGUGAGAAUCUUUUUACUGUGUUGAAAACUGCUUAGAUGAACAGAUUAAGUAGAACACAGGCAGGCCAGAUAAUUAAAUCAGUGUUUUCUGCAGAGCAUUUAUCUCACUCAACUUUGGCUCUCUCAGUGGGCAAACACUGAUAUGUGGAAUGUCUGUGAGUUGUGCAAAUCCUCCAAGAUUCACAGUGUCUAAAACGAGAAGGAAGAGGGGGGAGAGAGAGAGGAGCAUCCCCCAAGACACUUCUCAGGUUCUUCUUCUUGCCAUGGAAACCAAUCAAACUAAUUGGGCCAUCCAGAACAUACCAUCCUCUUAAGGUGCACUAGACAGGUGUCAAUCAAGUGCAUUAAUUAACUGUGUCACUACCCCUGCAAAAUCUGCAAAUCUGCAAAGGUGACCUGAGUGAAAAGGAGAUUCUGAGAGGCCAGAAAAUGGACAAAGUAUCGGAAAAACUGAGGGACAGAGGAAGAGAAAUGGAACCAGACUCAUACAAUUGGACCAGAGAGAGAAAGAGAUUACCUGCAACCAGGGGGGGAAGAGAUGGAGAGAUGAACUCGAGAGAAAGAGAGAGGUGGAGGGAUGGAGAAAGACGUCCAAAUGGAAGGGCAUCAUUGGCAGAGCAGGGCGAAUAUGAUGACAGAGAGAAUGAGAGGAGGAAAAGGGACACUUUUCCCAGGAUGACAAGACUAACCAAAGAGAGAGACGGAAAGGUGCCACUUCCAGAUCAUGACAGGGAGCGACAUAUAGGAAAACUAAAGGAAGUGCUGCAUGAAAGUGAAAGAGAAAGGGACAGAGAGAGAGAAAGAAGGAGAUACAGAGAUAUGGACAUGCAGAAUGAAAGAAAAAUGGCAAAAUACAGGGAAGAGUUGAAGAGAAACGAAAUGAGAAGGCUUGUGAAAGAGGAGCCAGAUAGGCAGAGGGAGCCAGACAAUGAGUUUGAACCAGGAAUGAGAGAAAGAAGGAGAGAGAGUUACCCAGGAGUCAGUGACCAUUGGUACGUGUGGGAGAGAGAGAGAGACAGACAAAGAGAGAGAGAGGGUAGAUCUGAUCCCCGACUUAUGGAAAGACAGACUGAGGGCUUUUCAGGCAGGGAAAGGAGGGCUGAGAGACAAAGAGAGGGACAGAGAAAUAUACAAAGAAAUACAAGAAGUGAAGGAGAUAGUGAUGGAGAGAGGGAAAAUGGAAGGAGGAGAGAAGACGAUUCUAAAUUGGGACAUAAACACUACAAGAGUGAAGGAGACAGUGAAGCAGAACGAAUAGAAAGACUUAGAGAGAGAGACAGAUGUAGAGAGAGAGAAGCAGAGAGAUGGCAAGACAUGGCAGUGCCACGAGAAAGAGAGACAGGGUAUCGAGAUCCAAGAGGGGAAAGUUGGGAGCGAUACAGAGACCCAGAAAGAGUGAGAGAUGAAGACUUGAAUAAAAGGACAGAGAGACAGAGGGACAGAAUGAGAGACACCCCGGAGAAAAGAAGAGAUUACCUAAACAGAGAUGCAUACUCGUAUACAGCUGAGAGAAGAAGGUAUAAAGAGGGAGAGAGAAUAAGAGAGAGGGAUAGAUAUUCAGAAAGAGAGAUUGAAGAGAGGGACAGGCAGAGGAGAGCGAACAGAGAGACAGAGAGAAAUAACAUGGAGAAGAACGAAAAAAAUAAUGGAGAGUGGAUUUCAGGAAGUGAUGCAGAGAAUGAACAGAGGAGGGAAACGAGAAAAAACACAUCUGAGACUGAUAAAGAGAAACUGACGAAGGCAGAACAGGAGGUAAGAAGUACCCAGUGGGAAGAAGAGGGGAGGGAAAACGUUGCGGCUGAGGUAACAGAGAAGAAGAAAUCUAAAAACAAGUUGUGGAAAAUGUGGCUGGAACCACGAACAAGAAGUGAGAGAAAAGAGUCCUCUUUAGAAGAGUAUGCAGAGAGAGAGAAAGCAAGGGAGAGGUAUAUCCAAAGAUACAAGACAGCUAAAGAUGAAGAAGAGCCAAAGAGAGAGACAGAAAGAGAGGGAAUGAGUCGGGAAGACUGGUAUAGAGAACUAGAGAAGGCUGGGGAGUUCAUAAGAGUUGUGGAUGCAGAAAGUGAGGAGGAAAGGAUGAGAGCGGACGUAGCUUGUGACAGAGAAGCUAUGGAACCAGAAUGGCAAAUGAACAGAGAAAACUUGACAGAUAAAGGGGAGGAGAAUGACAGGGAGGAAGAGAGAGGGAACAAUAGAUAUGGCUGCUUGGAGAAUGAGGAAGGAAGUGAAGGAGAAUCGGAAGGGGAGAAGAAUAGAAUGAUUCCAGCAGAUGAUGGGUUUGUGACAGUCUCCAGUGGAGGAGAUGAUGCCGAGGAAGAUGAUUUUGAAGACUGUAAAGAAUUUUGGGACGGUGGAGUUGCCAGUGAUCUCUCUGGACAAUCCAAAAGUAUUGAGGACCAAGAGGUCAGGACAGAUGAAGAAAAUCAAACAGCAAAUGUGAGAGAGGAUCAUAGAGGACCAAAAAGUUCUGUAACAGUCUUUUGUGUGAUUGGUCAGACCCUUCCUAAGUCACAAGCCAAAUGUGAUGCAAAUGCUGACCACACAGUUGAAGAAGAGGCCUAUCAGCAUUCAGAUCAUAACAUGGACAAUCAAGGUGAAGUGAACAUUUCAUAUGGAAAUGAAGCCUCUGAAAAGGAUGGAUCCACUGAACAGAACAUUGAAAGAGCAAUGGAUGAUCUCACCCUUUCUCAUAAUGUGGACAAAGACAAACAUGACACCACAGGGGAAGAAACGGGAAGUAAUGACCAGGCAAUUGAAGAUGCAUCAUCACUAGAAGACCAAAUGACUCCUCCCAACAAGACAUCAGAAAAAGAUAGUGAGCCUUUACCACCAGAGCUGUCAGAAACUUCAGAGUCCCGCAAGGAAAAUGGGUAUGUGGCUUCAGAGAGUGAGAGCUCUUUUCAAGAGGCAGAAAAAGAUGCUCCUGGAGACAAAAUGGAGCAUUUUUGUUCGGAUGACACUUUGAGUACUUUAGAAGAAAGAAAGCGAUGUUCUACUGCUCCUCACCUCAGAUGGGCCAAGAGCGUGGUGAAAGAGAUCCUGGGUCCGAAGUCUCGGGAAGGAGUAACUGUGGACACAGAAAAUAAAAGAGGUAGUAUGCUACACAUAGACAUCAAAAUUAACACACAAACAGAGAGUGAGACAGAAAUGGACAAAUCUAGGGAGGAGAAAGGACUGAUAGAGGAAGGAGAACAGGAAGGGAAGGAGAGAGAGUUGAAUGAGAAAUCUGAACAUGACUUGCUGGACCCUAGUUCUGUCCAGCACAUGUUGUUUUCAGAAGGAGAGGCAGAUAGAGAUGAAGAGGAGCAUGUAGAUGAGAAGAAAGAUAGAAUACCAGAAGCUGUUUUAAGCUCUAGCAGUUUUCAAGAUUUGGGGAAUGAGGCUCGGAUGAGAAGGCGAGGGUUCCGAAAGACAACGGACAAACACAAAGAAGAGGAGGAGGAGGGAGGAGUUGGAAGGGAUCGCAGGACAAGAAUAUUCAACGUAUCAGAUGGGGAUGAGGAUGAAUUUUGGUUCUCCUGGAGUGAAGUGGAUCUGAGGAAAAUGACUGAAUCUUUUCAGAGGACAAUAAGGAGGAACUCUAAAUACUUUAACUCUCAACUGUAUCAGGAGUACAGUGAGGUGGUCCAGAACAGAGAGAUCCAGCUAACUCAUUCUGAUUCCAUAGCGUUAAGCGGCUAUCAUUCUGCUAUCCGAACAUCAUCUUCUCCGAAUCAUUCCCCUAAGCUAUCACACAGGCCUCUCCCAGCUCUCCCUCCAGUGCCCCUACACCCCCACACUCUGUCCCAAAGCAACUCCUUUAAAAGUCUUGCUGUGCCUCAGCAAGCCAUAAACAGGCCUCCUUCCCCACGCCUGUCUAUCUCUGCCUCCUCACCCACACUGUGGCAGGACCUCCCCGGAGUAAGGACCAGCCCAGAGAUCGAGACACUCACUGAAGAUGAGAGACGUCUGCAGGAGGUGAGGUUUGAGGUAGUGACCUCUGAGGCAUCAUACUGCCGCAGUUUAGACAUUGUAGUGGAGAACUUUGUCUUGUCCAAACAACUCAACAUCCUCCUGACAUCACAAGACAAAAACUGGCUCUUCUCCAGGUUAAGCGAUGUUAGAGCUGUCAGUCACAGUUUUCUGUCUCAGUUGGAAGAAAAAGUGGAGAGUGACAUAAUGCACUUUACUGUCUGCGACAUCAUUAUCAAACACUGCCCUCGAUUCCGCAAGGUGUAUGUGCCGUACCUCACCAACCAAUCAUAUCAGGACAAAACAUAUCAAAGAUUGAUGGAUGGAAGUCAUGAAUUCCGUAGAGCUGUGGAAAAGCUAGAACGUAACCCUGUUUGUCAACGACUGCCUUUACGCUCCUUCCUCAUACUGCCGUUCCAAAGAAUCACACGCCUUAAACUGCUAGUGCAGAAUAUUGUAAAAAGAACAGCUCCAAAGACCAAGGAUGAGACACAGGCCAUUAAGGCCAUGAAACUACUGGAAAAGAUGAUCCAGGACAGUAAUGAGAGUAUCUCUCAAAUGAAGAACAUUGAGUCACUCGUGACCCUCAAUGCCAAAGUUGACUUUGAGUGCAGGACUCUUCCAUUGAUCAGCCAGUCUCGCAGACUGGUGCGAGAGGGGCCCGUUACUGAACUGAGAGACUUCUCACUGAAAGAGCCAGAGAGAAGUGUUUAUAUGCACCUUUUCAAUGACUACCUCCUGCUCUCUUUGUGGAAAGAAGGGGGUCGGUUUACAGUUAUAGAUCAUGCUCCUGUCUCAGAGCUGCGGGUUGAGAACUGCAGGUUCAAACUACAUUCCUUAAAGAAAAAUCUGUUCCGUCUGUACAUGGGAAACAAAGCCGUGCUACUGCGGACAGAUACACAAGCUGAUAAACUGCGCUGGAUAUCAGCACUCUUGCGGCCUUAUCCCGAGAUUGACUUCAGUGCAGUUCAAGAUUAUGGUCAAAUGCAGUGCAUUAGAGCCUUUGUUGCCCAGCAACCAGAUGAACUAAGUUUGGAGAAAGCUGAUGUCUUAUUAGUUCAUGAGCAGAGUAGUGAUGGCUGGGUGGAAGGGACACGCCUCUCAGACAGGCAGCGUGGUUGGGCCCCGGAGUCCCACCUAGAGACAAUAGUCAGUGACAAAACUAGAAAGCGCAACCUGCUGGACACUAUGAAAAUUGCUACAGCUGCAAUGUGAGGGACUUUCAAGAUUCUCAUGCAGAAUUAUUCAGCCACAAAAUCUGUUAAGAGCCUUAUCUGAAAAGAGCUGCAAGAACUGUAUGGGUUUAUUCCUGAAUUUCAUGAGAAAUGUAUUUAUUUUGUGUGUACACUCAAGCACACAAACUGGUAGGGGUGCAGUGGGUGGUAUGCCCUCACCUAUGUCAAUGUACUCCACACCUUGCUGAAGAGUCUUUUAAGAUGCUGAAAUACACCAGCUGGACUCUUCAAAUAUCUCAUAAUUCUGUGCAAAAGACCUCCUUGCCUGCUCCAAAUCAGCGACUUCCCAAGUGUUUAAGUGACGCAUAAGGUGAUGGCUGUCUUACAUUUUGGAAGUGGGGAGCUCCUGGACAGAAGUUUGAGUGAGUUAUGAGUGAGACUCGCUGGGGAGCUGUGACCGCUGGAUAUGAGAGAGUAAUGCAGAAUACUGCAUACCUACACCAAAACAAAUGUUAUUUAUAAACAUCACAUCCCCUUCCAAGUGGAAUGUUAACCCUGUUGGACUGUGACCUCACAGGUAUAUGGUAUACAGAGAAGUUUUUGUUGUGCUCCAGGAAGCACCUUUUAAGAAUAGGAAAAAAGGACAAUUUAUUAGGGUUUUAUGAAAUAUGGUGGACUUUUUUUGCAACAUGUACACAUUUCGUGUGCACAUUUUAUUCAGGACACGCUUAUGUAUAAUUACAGUUUAUGCAUUUUGGAUGGCUACUUUUAUAGAUCAAAAAUAAGGUGCAAUACCAAUGUGUCAACAAGACUAUGCAAUGUAUAUAAACAUUUUUUUUUUUUUACUUUGAAGCUAAAAGUAUUAUGUUUUCAUGGAAUUAUUUGGCACCAUCUCUGCUUGCUGUUAAAACUUACUGCACAUAAAUGCAAUAUGCCUUAAAAAUAAACAGAUAAUUGGUCUCCUAAAAGAAUAUUUCAUGGUUUGGCAAAUUACAUUUUUGGUUUUACAAAUCAGUUGCACGUCCUAAGCCUAAAUAAAAAUGAAAGAAAACAACUUCAUUUUUAAAGGGAUAGUUCACCCAAUGAAAAUUCUGUCAUCAUUUACUCAAACUC